CGCACCGUUUCUACCGCCCCACCACUUUCCUUCCUUCUUUCCUUCUUUCCUCUUCAUUCCCUCACACAAACUUCACACACUUUUCAUCCCUCGACACAGACAAGACACCCCCUCCCCACAGCGCCAGGCAACAUAGCACAACACAAGAAAAUGGCCUCAAUAAUGCCCUUCCCGAACGUGGCAGCCCACCGCAGAAUGCCACACCUGCCAAAUCCUCCCAAGCCUUCUCAGGAACACCUUCACCCGGAACAGCAGCAACAGCAGCAGGCCGAUCAUACAUCGUAUAACCAGGGACAGGACAAUGCCUCGUCGCAUCCCAGACUGAUGCCAGGGCCAUCUGCCCCCCAGCAGCUCCUCGAGGACGGCAUCGCCCUGGACUUUCAACAGCAGCAACUGCUGAACGCCAGACCAGCCUCACCCCUCGGUCUGAUGUCGCCCUCUGCCUCUACCUCGCCUGCCAUGAACUCUCACGACUCCAAGCUGAUAAGGUCGGCCCUCUACGAUGCCUUUGGCUGUCUCUACCAUCCCACGGCCCACACCAAACACUCCAUGUCCACUGCUGCCGCGGCUAUUCGAUCUGGCGAUGUCACCCCACUCAUGGGCUUAUCUCCAAAAGCCUCUCCGCUCCUGCGACCCAACCUAGGACCCUCCGCGCCAAUCACGCCAUUAGAACUGUCGGACGAGGGAUCGGCUGCUGGAUAUUUUGCUCUGCAUGUGCCCUCAUCACCGUCUUCACCAGCAUUGAAUGGCUCCGCUUCAACAGGAUCAGGAUCAACAAGGCACCAUGGUCACCAUUACCACCACCAUCACCAUCACCCUCAUCAUCACCAUCGACAGCCUCAUACUUCUAGCCAGUUAAGCUCGACAUUUACGUCUGAAGACCACGAUGAAAUGGACCUGGGAAACCGCUCCGCAACGUUUCUUUCUCAACAGUCGUCCAUGGAUAUGACAUUCAACCCUGUGGAGCAUCCUGUUUUGAGCUCCCUGCAGACCCUCAGUAUCACACACCCGCGUCCUCCAGAGCAUUACCACCCUCAUCUAGGACAUGAGCUCGGCCAUGAUAUCGUUCCGAUCGAUGAAUCGUCAGUAACGGCUUCAAACUCGUUAGAUAUCCCACCACAAUCAUCGCAACAGCCAUUACCACCAUUGAACACCGCUUUGCCGCAAUCAUUACAGAAACCUAUGGGCCAUAACCCCUCAAGCCCGUUCCCAAUGGACCACAGCGAACACGACUCAAUAUCAGGAUUCGGGCAGCAGGGUCUGGUCUGACAGUCUUUAUAUAGCCUCAUGGCAGCAAGCAACCAUUGAUAACUGGCUGUCAAUUGGAAAUAAAAGUCGAGGGACUUGUGAAUGC